AUGAUGCUUCGCACUCCGUUGAUUCGGAGUCGGGCUCGCCUGUGCGCCCCACGCGCCUCGCCCGUCGUCUCGCAAUUGCUGCUCAACCGCUCCGUGCCCUUUGCCGACAUUCGUAGACCCGAUCAGACUGUCCUUCCUGGUACACACAGCGAGAAUGUCGCCAGCGACGUUCCUGAGCCGCCCAAGCUCGGCGCCGAAACUCCCGCUUCGCCAAUCGAGGGCGCACCCAUGGCCAUCCCUAGAGCCCCUCCUACCCCAGAGGCCGUCGGUGCCACUCCUCCCCCUCCUCCUCCUGCCUCUACAACUGGCCCCAAGGUCGUAGCCGGCCCUGCACCCAAGCCCAGACGCCGUGGCCGUUUCCGACGCUUCUUGACCACCCUCUUCCUCCUGUCUUCUCUUGGUUUCGCUGGUGGUGUCUACUAUUCGCUCAUCUCGGACAACUUCCAUGACUUCUUCACCGAAUACGUACCCUUCGGCGAGGAUGCCGUUGCAUACUUCGAGGAGCGCGAAUUCCGCAAGCGAUUCCCCAGCCGCAAGCUCGAGGACCGUCAUUACCCCCAGGUCCGCGGCGAGAACAAGGUCCAGAUUGGAAAGAACAGUGGCUUGACAGCACAGGUCAACGAUGUCAGCUCUGAUACCGAGCGCCGCCACGUCAGCGCCCGCGAGCCCUCGCGCCCUCUCCAGCAGCCUCAGGAGGCCACUCCUGCUGAGCGUACUGCUGCCGUUGAGACAGCAGCCCACAAAGACGGUAAGCCUCGCCUCGACAUGGAGUCAAAGUCGCACCAUCUUUUGCCCAAGGACGAUGUCAAAUCUGAACGCAAUUCGCAAACAACAGCCUCCAAGCCCUCGAACCCCGCCCCUCAGGUUGCCCAUACACCUACCACCGCCGCCGCUCCUCUCGACCUGAUGAGCAUGCCCAAUGCCGCCGAGCCCGUUGUUCAGGAUGUCGUCAAGAUGCUCAACAACAUCAUCACUGUCAUCAAUGCCGACCCCUCUGCCGACAAGUACACAUCGACCAUGGCUGCCGCUAAGAGCCAAGUCGAGAAGAUUGUCUCGGACAUUUCCACCCUCAAGGCCCAAGCCGAGAAGCAAACCGCCGAUGAGAUCUCCAAUGCCCACAGUCUGUUCGACACCGCUGCCAAGGAGCUCGUCAGCCGUCUGCAGUCGGAAAUGCAAGACCAGGAGGCCAAGUGGCGCGAGGAGUACGAGAGCGAGCGCGAGAAGUUGUCGCAAUCAUACCAGACCAAGCUCUCGACCGAGCUUGAUGUUGUGCGCAAGGUUUCUGAGCAGCGCGCCCACAAUGCCCUGGUCGAGCAAGAGAUUGAGCUACAGCGCCGCUUCGCAAAGAGCGUGCGUGACCGCGUCGAGGAGGAGCGCAACGGCCGUCUGGCCCGUCUUGACGAGCUGUCAAGCUCCGUGGCCGAGCUUGAGAAGCUUACUGGAGAGUGGAACAAGGUUGUCGACAGCAACUUGGCUACCCAGCACUUGCACGUCGCUCUCGAGUCCGUCCGCCACGCCAUCGCCAAGCAUGAUCACCCUACUCCUUUCAUCAACGAGCUCGCCGCUCUUAAGGAGAUUAGCAACAACAACGAGCUCGUCUCCGCUGCCGUUGCCAGCAUUCCCCCUACCGCAUACCAGCGUGGUGUUCCCAGCUCUGCUCAUCUGAUCGACCGCUUCCGCCGUGUCGCUUCCGAGGUUCGCAAAGCUGCCCUUCUGCCCGAAGAUGCCGGUAUCGCUUCCCACGCCGCUUCUGCCGUCCUUUCCCGCUUCAUGUUCAACAAGCAAGGUGCCGGUAUGCCCGAGGGCGAUGAUGUUGAGGCUGUUUUGAGCCGUACCCAAGUCUUCCUCGAGGAGGGUGACAUUGAUGGUGCUGCCAGAGAGAUGAACUCGCUCGGAGGUUGGGCCGGUGUCCUGAGCAAGGACUGGGUCGCAGAGUGCAGAAGAGUUUUGGAGACUAAGCAGGCUGUCGACAGCCUCCUCGUCGACUAG